UCUGACUGAGUGCUGUCCGCGUCCCGCCGAAAUCCGGAUUUUUUUCCUCCAGCGAUUCGUGGGGCCGGGGGAGAAGGUGUGUGUUUUUUUUUUUCUUUCUCUUGAAAUCCUUCGGCGUAACCAGCAACUUAAAAAUUUUGGACACCUUUUCGAAAACCUAGUAGUUAGGAUUCGUUUGUGGGCUGCUUUAAAUCUUAUUUUGUUUUUAAGCCCAACCUGCUUAAGGACACCCUCAUUCCUUAAGGAGAGUGAAAUAACUUACUGCAAAGGGUGCUUCUUGGAUUUGGCGUUUUGGUUUUUUGUUUCGCCCCCGUUUCUGCUUCUUGAGCCAACUCAGCCCAGUCAUGGUGAUGUUCAAGAAGAUUAAGUCUUUUGAAGUGGUCUUUAACGACCCCGAAAAGGUGUAUGGCAGUGGCGAGAAGGUGGCCGGCCGGGUGAUAGUGGAGGUGUGUGAAGUUACUCGAGUCAAAGCCGUUAGGGUCCUGGCUUGCGGAGUGGCCAAAGUCCUGUGGAUGCAGGGAUCCCAGCAGUGCAGACAGACCUUGGAGUAUCUGCGCUACGAAGACACGCUUCUCCUCGAAGACCAGCCAACAGGUGAGAAUGAGAUGGUGAUCAUGAGACCUGGAAACAAAUAUGAGUAUAAGUUCGGCUUUGAGCUUCCUCAGGGGCCUCUGGGAACCUCUUUCAAAGGAAAAUAUGGGUGUGUGGACUACUGGGUGAAGGCUUUUCUUGAUCGCCCCAGCCAGCCAACUCAAGAGACAAAGAAAAGCUUUGAAGUGAUGGAUCUAGUGGAUGUCAAUACUCCUGAUUUAAUGGCACCUGUGUCUGCUAAAAAGGAGAAGAAAGUUUCCUGCAUGUUCAUUCCUGACGGGCGGGUGUCUGUCUCUGCUCGGAUUGACAGAAAAGGAUUCUGUGAAGGUGAUGACAUUUCCAUCCAUGCUGACUUUGAGAAUACAUGUUCUCGAAUUGUGGUCCCCAAAGCUGCCAUUGUGGCCCGCCACACUUACCUUGCCAAUGGCCAGACCAAGGUGCUGACUCAGAAGUUGUCAUCGGUCAGAGGCAAUCACAUUAUCUCAGGGACAUGUGCAUCGUGGCGUGGCAAGAGCCUUCGGGUGCAGAAGAUCAGGCCUUCUAUCCUGGGCUGCAACAUCCUUCGAGUUGAAUAUUCUUUACUGAUCUACGUUAGCGUCCCUGGCUCAAAGAAAGUCAUCCUUGACUUGCCCUUGGUAAUCGGCAGCAGAUCAGGUUUAAGCAGCCGAACGUCCAGCAUGGCCAGCCGAACCAGCUCCGAGAUGAGUUGGGUAGAUCUGAACAUCCCCGAUACCCCAGAAGCUCCUCCUUGCUAUAUGGAUAUCAUUCCUGAAGAUCAUCGAUUGGAGAGCCCCACCACUCCUCUGCUAGAUGACAUGGACAGCUCUCAAGACAGCCCUAUCUUUAUGUAUGCUCCUGAGUUCAAGUUCAUGCCACCACCUACUUAUACUGAGGUGGAUCCCUGUAUCCUCAACAACAAUGUGCAGUGAGCAUGUGGAAGAAAAGAAGCAGCUGUAGCUACUUGUUUCUUUCUGCCUCUCUUCCUGGACUCUUCACUUUUUUAGAGACUUAACAACAGUCUCUACAGUGGGCUAUGGGUCCACCUCAGACUCUGACCUCCUAAUGCAGGAGGUGAUGAGCAGGCAACCUCCUGGGCCUUAAAGGGUGCGGACUUGUCUUCAGCCAGCGCCAGUGUUGUGUGAUACAAGGGUGUUUGCUGGAUGGGUAUUAAAACACAAUAGAAAAACCCAGGCCCAUAUAUUUUUUCAGAUCUCCUUGAAAAAUUGAGGCAUUUCAGAGUUUGAGUCGGGGGUAGAAAUGACCCCCUCACAUGGUCUUCUUAAGAGUUUUUGAAGGUUUUUUAUGGAUUGUUAUAACAUUGGACCUUGAACUUCCUGUGCCAUGUGGAGCAGAGCCAGUUUAGCAAAACUAGGAAAAUUGUGGCCAAAACUUUGGGAAAAGGAGGUUCUUAAAAUCUGUGUACACAAUUGUUUUUGUACUUACAGAAAAAGAAAAAUCUUCCAGGACUGAUUUGGUUUAGACUUUGGAAGGAGAUUUCCCUGUGAAUUAAAGGGAAAGUGCUCUAAGGUUGUCUUUGCUUAGACUGUACUUUAACCUGGCUUAAAGCAAUAGUAACUGUCCCACCAAAAGUCUUAAAAGCCAUUUUUAGAGCCUGUUGCACUGUAUUCUGUUGCAAACGUUUUCAUAUGGGAGGAUAUGUUUUUCUUUUCAUGUGAGUCCUUGGAAUUGAUUCUAAGGUGAUGUUCUUAGCACUUUAGUUCCUGUCAAAUUUUUUGUUCUUUUUCCUUCCAUCUUAAAUGUAAGCUAAAACUGGUCUACUAUGUCUCUAGGGGUAAGCACAAUGACAAAAGUGUUAUUACUUUCGAGACUUUGUCCCAGUGUACAGAACUAUAUAAUUCUAACACUUUAAUUAUAUGAAAGGGUUGCUGCUGUCAGCCUUGCCCACUGUGAUUUCUCCAACCCCAAGGAGGAACUCUAGAUCAAGAAGCUUCAACACUCCAGACACUGCUUUGAGAAACUAGAGGGCAAGUCUUCACUGAAGUCCCUCCAUCUCCCUUCCUGCCCAGUGUUAGGAGAUAGGGAUAUUAGGCUGUCUCUCACUGCAGCUGCCAACAGUUGGUCAGUCACCCUCAGCCAUAGCACUUUGUUCACUGUCCUGUGUCAGCACUGAGCUCCACCCUUUGCUGAGAAUUAUUAUAGCCAGAAAGUAUGUGAGCUGAAAAUGGUUUCAUUUUUUGUUUUUUACUUAUGUAUCUUUUUGUAUGGUAAAUACUAUAUUUUGUACUUAACCAGAUAUAUUUUCACCCCAGAUGGGGGUAUUGUUUGUAAAAAAAUAAAAAAGUUUUUUUAAUG